AUGGCAAGUUUGAAAGACGAUUUACCCCAGGAGGGUACCUCCAGCUUAGCUGGAGGAGAAUCCCUCCCCGCGGCCUCGGCCGCGGGCUGCCCCUCGUAUUCUGGGGGGGGCAAAAACUGCCUGACGGAUACUACGACGACCUUGGCUACGAAGAUGGACUCUGAAGCACGCGAUUUGGCUCAGGAGACGAUGAGGCGCCCUUCACUGGAGGACGUCCUCAUGAAGGAGGCGAGAGUGCUGCUGGAGCGCGUUCCGAUCGCGGUGUUGAACGCCUCGCAGCAGCGCCUCGCGGCGACCAGCGACACCCCAGAUUCCGUUGCGAGGAUGGAGUGCGACGACGGAGCGGCGUCGGACUCCGACUGCAGACCUAGCGUCGCGUUGGAAGGGUUUGGCGCGAAACGGCCCCGUCUCAGCGACUGCUCCACGGACGACGACCGGGCGGCGUCCCCUGCGGCGGCAAAGUGGCGCCAACAGCAGAAAAGGGCGGCUGCCAAAGCUCGGGCCGCGAGCAAGGAGGAGGACCUGGAGAAGGAGACAGGUCUUGCUCGCUUCCGGCGUGAGACGCGGGCCGCACUCUUCCCUCGUCCGGCAGCUGGAGGAGAAAGAUGCGCCGCACAGUUACAGGAGCAGGUGCGGGAGGACUUGGAGGUGAUCGCGAAAGUGGCAACCAAGUCCUCCAGUCUGAAGGGAACCUUCGUGCGGGCCUUAAAGGAUGCCGCGGCAUCCAUCAAGGAUGCUGUGGAAGUCCUUGGGGCCCGCACGCAAACGGAAGAGACGAAGCAGCUUCAGGAAGACAACGUCCGACUGCGCGCCGAGAUGGCAGCACUUCGCAUGGAGCUCGCUGAAAUAAAGGAGAGUUUGCGGAAACGGGGUUCCGCGAGCCACCCCGACCCGGAUGUGACGAUGGAGGCCGCCCCCACAUCACGGCCCCUACAAACAACACCGAGCGAGACGCCCUCCGUGGAGGAGAUCUGUCGCGCAGUGAUGGUCCAGGUCGGCGGGAUGAUGAACGCCCGCCUGGCCUCACUGGAAGACAGACUCCUCCCGGAGAAGAACAUGCGGCCACCUCUCGCGGCCGACAAGAAGAGAGGCGAGGGCACGUACGCUGCCAAACUCGCCCGGCAGCCACCCCAAUUGGCGGCUCAACCCGGCCCCAGCGGCACUCACCGCUGGGCCCCACCAGCGCCACAGCAACGCUCUGGGGGUUCUGCACAGAGCCUGCCCAAGUUCCAGGAGGCUUCCUCACCCCCCAGCGGAGGAAAAGAGAGGAAGAAGAGGAGGAAGAAAAAGAAGAAGAAGAGGAAUUCGCCACCCGGGCAGCAACAGUCGCAGCCCGCAGUGGGCGAAUGGAUAAAGGUGGGCCCCAAAAGGCGGCCUCAGGUGAAGAGCGGGGUAGACAAACUACACGCGCCUCGGUCCUCAGCUGUGACCAUCACGUUGCAGCCGGGCGCGGCGGAGCGGGGUGUCACCUACGCUAACAUCAUUGCCUCGGCAAAGGAGAGGAUUAACCCGGCCGACUUCGGAGCCCAGGGCGUUCGCCUUCGGAAGGCUGCCAACGGGGGACGCGUGUUCGAGUUCCCGGGCGCCUCCAGUGGCGAGAAGGCGGACUCCUUGGCCCAGAGGCUGCGGGAAGUCCUCGACGAUGGCGUCGUCCGCGUCUCCCGGCCCGUCAAGACGGUGGCCCUACGGGUGGCGGGGUUGGACGACGCCACCACCGCUGCCGAGGUGGUGGCCGCCAUCGCUGCAGCAGGAGGGUGCCAAACCGAACAGCUGCGGGCCGGCGCCAUGUCGACCGGCCGCGACGGACUGGGCUCAAUUGUGGUCCAGUGUCCCGUCGUGGCCGCCAAGAAGAUCGCGACAAACGGACGCCUACUGGUGGGUUGGGUGUCCGCCCAGGCCAGGUUGCUGGAUCCUCGGCCCACCGUGUGCUAUAGGUGCCUGGCUCCAGGCCACCUAUCUGGCCAGUGCCAGGCAGGGGUGGACCGCUCCGGGAUCUGUUUCAGGUGCGGCCAACCAGGGCACAAGGCCCGCGGAUGCACGGCUGCGCCUCGCUGCGUCGUCUGCGCCGCGGCCGGUGCCCCUGCGGAACACCGCGCCGGGAGCAAGGCGUGCGUCCCCCCACCCAAAGGGAGGAGAAACCGGAAGCCAGGAGGGGACGGCCCGAGCCAGACGGCCGGGCAGUCCUCGAACCUAACCCAUCAGGCGGCGGCGCCGGUGGUUGAGGAGGUUCCAAUGGCCAUUGGAUAA